AUGCUCACCCAGAUCCCCCUGCUCGCCCUCCCCUUCACCCUCUUCUUCACCCGUUCCCUCGCCCAAGACGCCAGCACCAGCGGCCCCGCUGCGACCGAAACCAGCUCCAGCUCCGUGCCCACCAGCACCGCCGACGCGAGCACGUACGACAUCGACGUGGGCGCCGACGGCGCGCUCCUCUUCUCGCCCGAGUCCCUGACCGCCUCCGUCGGCGACACGAUCAACUUCCACUUCUACCCGCGCAACCACUCGGUCGUGCAGUCCAGCUUCGACGCGCCCUGCGUGCCCCUCAGCAGCGCCAGCUCCGGCAACAGCGACGUCAUCUACUCGGGCUUCUUCCCCGUCCAGGACGACGUGAGCGAGCAGAUGUUCAGCAUGCUCGUCAACACCACCGAUCCCAUCUGGCUGUACUGCAGCCAGGGCACGCACUGUCAGGGCGGCAUGGCCAUGGUGGUCAACCCCCCCACCGGCGGCGAGAAUACCCUGGAGGCGUAUAAGGAGGCCGCCAGCGGGGUGCAGGCAGCGGAAUCUCCAAGCACCGGCGUGGCCGGCGGCAUCGUUACCGCUAAUGAGGAAGGCGAGGAUCAGGGCGAGGGCGAGGAGAGUGGUAGCAGCAGUAGUAACAGUACGGCGAGUUCGACCAUGACUGGCUCCAUGACUGGUUACAGCACUGGUUCCGUGACGGGUAGCGCGACGGCGGGUUCAACUUCGGCGUCCGCUACAGGUGCAGCGGCCGGCUUGGUCCGUCCUGUUGCUGGUGCUGUGGUUGUGGGGAUGCUGAUCCUUGGAUUCGGCGCCUGGGCUAUUAUGCUGUAA